GACUACCUAUAGUCCAGUCGGUUUCGUUGAAAAAGCGAUUUAUCAGUUGGGGAUCAUUCCUCGUGAGUUCUCUGUUGUCGUAUUCUUCACUCUCUUGAUCCUGUUUCGCACCGUAUUUGCAACUCUCUCUAGUGUGGUUGCCGUCUAGUUUAUUUUGUCAUUCACGAAAUUAAGUAAAACAUUCAAACAUGAUGUAGUAAUAAAUAUCCAUAAAGCAUUUACAUUAUUAAUUGAAAAUGUUUUAUUAAAACGUGAAGAAAAGUUUUUAGCUAAUUCAAGCAAAUAUUUUCCAUGUUAUGUUAAAUGUGUACCACGAACAUAUCAUGAAGUGCUAAAUUUAAUUAAUUGUAUAGCAAAAUUUGGUGUUAGUGAUCUUCAGUGUUACUAUCCAACAUUAAAAGCAAUGAAUCUAAACCUUGAAUCAGCAUAUUUAACAAAAGAAGCAGGUGUUUUUUUCGAUCAUGAAUGUUAUAAAAAACAUAUAACAACAAUUGAUAUCGCUAAAUUCAUUACAUCAGCAAAAUGGGUUCCUUGA